AUGGGCGCAGACAAGACCGUCAUGCCGGACGAGGUGGCGAGGAGCUGGUACCGCGACGGGUACAUGGUAUCGACGAACCGGAGCCUCGUCCAGCUCGACGCCCUCAACGCGGCUCUCGACUCGGACGUCUUGUGGUGGUCGCAGGCCCUGCCGGAAGAGGCCCUCAGGAAGAUGGUCAACCACUCGCUCUGCAUCGCCGUGUACGCGCUACCAGACUCCACAUCUGCCAUUGCCGGCAAGUCGACCCCACAAAUGGUUGGCUUUGGCCGUCUUGUGACCGACUACGUCAGCGUCGGCUACCUGACCGAUGUGUACGUCCUGCCCGCGCACCAAGGCAAGCGGCUCGGCCACUGGAUGAUGGAGUGUCUACACGAGGAGCUGCAGGCGUGGCCGGAGCUGCGGCGCGUGCUGCUUAUAUCGUCGUCGCUGCAGGGCAACAGGAUGUACGAAAAGACGCUGGGGGCGCGCGAGUGGAGCGAGUCGACCAAGGGGCUAUUCAUCAUGCAGGCGACGGGCGACGGCGUCCGGGCGAAGCCCCAAUGA